AUGCUCAGAGAUAUGUUUCUCGAAAUUUUAUUCAGUUGUGUUGCCGUUUCAGGUAAUUGCAACAAUGCUAUCAUUUUAUAAUUAAGCACCUUUACUGAAAAACUCCCACUUGUUCCCCCUAAAAGGUUUCCUGUGACCUAUACAGUUAAUGCCAAGUUCGGUCAUUUAUUGCAAUAGACUUUGCCCGUGUUAUCCCAUACAGUAGCUAUCGUCAUCGUCUAAGUCAAAUAAAGUGUUUGGGGAACAUGUCAAGGUAAUUCAAUGAUAACAGACAGCUCUCCAGGGCGUAUCGUCCUCCUAGACAAUUAUGUACAACUUCCCAAAAACCUUAAGCUCAAACACGACAAAGUCGUUUAAAUGCAAAUAUGUUGUAUGAUUUGAAGUUGCAGGGGCAACAGAAUGCGGAGAAGGAUUAGGUAAGUGUAAUAUUAUUCUUUAAAAAAGAUAUGAAGCAUCUUUCUUUAAACACUGCUGAGCAUGUUGAUUAACGAGGGAUCUCAGUUCUCAGUAGCCUGAGAAAACAGCCGACAUUUGGCGACGUUACCACUGGUUUUCCCGCCCUGAAUGACAUCUGAGAAACGAGGACAGAAUUUCCAUACUGAUCGCGUCACUACCCAGAUCUGGGUAGUGCUUCUGAUUGGUCGAAUCAAAUUUCCCACGCGGCACGACCAAUCAAAAGCGUCAUCAGUAUGGAAUUUCUGCGCUCGUUUCUCAGACGUCAUUUGGUGGGGAAACCAGUGGUAGCGUCGCCAAAUGUCGGCUCUUUUCUCAGGCUAAGAUCUAAGGUAAUCAAUAAAGUUGCAAAUUUCGUCACUGUUUAGAUUAAAACAAAACAAUUUGUUAAAAAGAUCGUUGCAUAUCUACUUUCUGUAACUGCAAUUCAACAGAAUGUGGACCAGAAUGCCAAAAUAAGUGCCUCGAAAUGCAUAAUUAUUACCGGAGUCUACACAGUUCUCCACCACUGGUAUGCGACCAUGAGCUCGCUAAAUCUGCACAAAAGUCCACUAACCAACGAGUCGCAGGCAAAAAGUCGGAAUGGACGGACAAAUAUACUGAAAGUAUUAUGUCCUGGAAAGGACGGGAAUGGGAGGGAGUGGGUGAAAUGAAUGGAGCAAUAACGGGAGCCGUUAGAAGCUGGUAUUCAGAGAUCAAGAACGACUACAAUUACCAAACGGGCAAGGGAAAUGGCAAAGCAAUAGGACACUUUCAAGCGGUCGUUUGGAAAGGAGAAACAAGGCUGGGAUGUGGACUCAAUAUUAAACCUACAGAUGGAACUUAUGUCACAGCUCACUACGCACCAGCAUCUCACGCGAGCAUGGACAAGGAAAAGCAGGCACCAGAUAAUGUCAAGCCAAGAAAACAACCAGGUGAAUGACUAUAGCCUAUUUAAAAUUUCAGUUUUUGUGAAGAAUUCACCAGGACCUCAGCACCACCCUCAAAAAAAUAUGUAAUAAAAUAAACAAAGCAAAAAAAGCAAAAAAAGCCAUCAAUUUUCAUUGCGCCAAAUGUUCCAUUCUUUAUAAUAAAGAAGAGAGAAUAAUUAUUGUUGGAUUGAUUAAUUCUAAACCAAGACUGAAGGACACAGGCUUUUACAGUGGCCAAGCCUGAGAUCUCUCGUCAUAUACUCACAGUUCAUAAGUGACAGGGAUACUGCCUUCGCACUUGUAGGAAGAAAUGAAUAACAUUUUUAGCGGAGCUCCACAAGCGGUACCCCAUUUGGUAAUCUAUCGAUCCGAGAAAUGUUGGUAAUCACGUGACCAUUCGUCCGUCCAUCCGUCCGUCCGUCCCCAUCACAGGAAAACCAAUGUAAAGUGUUAAAAUUUGUAGCUAGUGUGGGAGCCUGUAACAGAACCCUUGAGAAGGCAAAACCACAACGACAAACCAGUGAGGGUCAGCCAGAUCGUUAGUAGACCUGUAUCAGUAAUAUCUUGUGAAAAAAUUGAAAAUUAAAAUUAUGCGAUAACAAAUAAAGAAAUAAAGUAUGUAUUACAUUUCAUCUUUCUUUGUUACCAUUUAUUUGUAUACUAUUUUUACAUUUUAAAUUGUCUUUCAAAUCACCACUUCAACGGUUUCUGUUUUCGCAUACUUUUAACGUUCACUUUUUCGCAUUUAAAUUUUCGCAUGUUAUUAUAGUAUCAUAUUGCACGCUAUUCUUUAUUUCAAAUUGUAACGUCUUAGCCUAAACCUCUUCAUUAGAUGUAAGACCCUGAAGAAGAAAGGCCGUGCCUUCCGAAAUAUUGGUAACCAGUAUAUAUAUUCACGACUGUAAAUCGGUCUUGCUUCUUUUGUUUUAUAUUUUCACUUAUUGCUGAUGAGAUCCUUUAUUAAGGUCCAGUCCUUCUUUUUGUAAGCCAGUCCUUGCUUGAAAAAUUGAAUAUGAUCCAGCUACUUGAACUGCUUGUAAAGUUGUUAUCUUUCCAAUCAACAGAGCCCGGUUGUAACGUCACCUCUGGACAAAGAGUUCUUUGCAAGCCUGAUCUCAGGGCGCCCUUUGUGAAUCCAGGAAAUUGCACUCAAGAUGCCUGUUGUUAUGACGACAUGUUCAUGAGCGAGUCAUCGGUAAAUUUCUACGAUGCCAAUGGAAGAGUUUGGUGCUUCAAGAAACAGUGA